ACCAUAUUCUGCACCACCACCCCAAGCGUCGUUCAUUUUCCUUUUCAUCAAAUUAUCAAUUAGGCCUAAUUACCAGUUAAAACGUUGUCUCUGGACGUGUAAAUAGCGUGUUAUAAUCAUGCCAAUUGAUCGUUCUUAUGGCGGUUACCGAAUUUUUGUCGGAGACAUUGGUCCAAGAAUCAGCAAAUAUGAUUUGGAAAGAGAAUUUGAAAGAUUUGGUGCAAUGCUCGAUGUGUGGGUAGCGAGAAAUCCUCCUGGUUUUGCAUUCAUCGUUUUUAAGUAUGAAGAUGAUUCUGAGAGAGCUGUCCGAUCAUUAGAUGGAAGAACUGUUUGUGGUCGCAGGGUUAGAGUUGAGCAUGCCCGUCCCCAGCAUAGCCGUGGACGUCCCCCUCCACCUAGGUAUGGCCCACCUCACCGCUACGGAGGUAGACCAAGGAGAUCAAGAUCGCGAUCCAGAGAAAGACCUCGUCGCUCUAGAUCCAGGUCACGUCACAGACGUCGCUCUCGUUCAAGAGACAGGUCUCGUGAAAGAAGACGUUCAAGAUCUGGUGAUAAAAGGAAAAGCCGUGAUCGUAGUGGUAGCAAAGAACGUACAAGCCGUGGACGCGAGCAAAAAAGUGGAAGCCGUGAGCGUAAUAGUAGAAGUCGUGAACGCAAUAGCAGAAGCAGAAGUCGUAAAAGCAGAAGCAGAAGUCAUAAGAGUAGGAGUCGUGAGAGAAAAAGCCGAAGUGGCAGCCGUGGGGUUGAACAAAGCAGGGACAGAAGCCGCAGCCAAAGUCGUGACUCUGUAGGAUCAACCAAGAGCGAUAGAAUUGAGAAUGGAAGCGACCGAAGAAGCCGAUCACGAUCCGGAUCACCCGUUGGGGAUGAUUAAUGGUGAUCAAUUUUUUUUUUCGGCAAUUUCUCUACCAGCAAAUGUUUAUUCUGUACAACACUGUACAACAGCUGUUCGUUUUUUAAUGAACUUUCUCUUUUUAAUAUUUUAUUCAAAAUGUAUAAUUUUUUGCUAUUGUAUUUUGAAAAAGAAGUGAUGAUAUAAAAAGGAGGACAAGAAUGUAACAGUGUUGGUUGGUAGUUUGACAAUGUAAAUAUUUUUUCUUAGAUGUUAUACGACACCAAACAAUGUUUUGUAAGUGAUAUAUAAAUUUCAUAAUUUGACAAAAAACUAGUCCCAGUAAGCUGUCUCUUAGUUUCAGGUGUGCAUAUGUAAAAAGUCAAGUGUUAGAAAUCAGUCAUACAACUUAUACCGCCAUUACUUAUACCACCAUGGCUCAUACUCCAUCGCCUAUGUCUUAUACCCCAUUGCUUACACCCCCUCAGGCUGUUACCUCCCAUGCCUUAUCCCCAUGGCUUAUACUCUACAGCAUUUCUGUAUUGUUUUAUACAUGUAAUAUGUCUUGACAUUUGCUAUGCAUACAUGAAACUACUAGAUGGCACAUAGAUAUAUUUGCCACACUUGGAACUCUAUUGUUAUUUGAUCCCUUGUCUGUAGCUGUUUAAUUAGCUUUAGUAUACACAUUUAAACUACUCUUUCGAUUAGUCACCAAAGUUGUCUAAAAUGAAUUGCAUUUCUUCUUUUUAUAAAAGUCCCAUCAUGUUUCAAGCAUUUUUAUAUCCUGAUAUUUUCAUAUGACUUGAAAUUUGUGUGUUUUUUGUUGUUGUAGUUGCGUACAUUAAUGUAAAAUGUCAUUAGCUUUUCACAAACAUUUUUAUUCUUGAUCAAUGAAAAACAGCAUUUCUGCGCCAUUUAAUGAUUUACCCAGAAUUUGUGACGUAAAUACAUAUUGGUUUUUGGAAAUAAAAAAAUGUAGAAUUGGCA